CAGACCACCUUAAACCCCUCGAAGAGAGAUGCUCAGAACAGCUUCUUCUCUCUGUCGACGCCACCUCGCCCCUCUCCCGACACCCCUGCGCCCGCCCUCGCCAUUCCAAUUCCUCGCUCGCCCCUUCUCCCGCACCUGGACGCGCGGCGGCGACGGCGGCGGGGAGGAUGGCGGCGGCGGCGGCGGCGGAGGAGGCGAGUCGCUGAUCAACAGGGACCCGAGGAGCCCGCCCCGGCUCUUCGUGGUCCAGCCGCGGAUCCGGCCCGACACCCUCCUGCGGGCGAAGCUGGACGAGGCCCUCUGCCUCGCGAACUCCCUCGAGGACCAGCGCGAUGGGUUCUUCGACACCGACUUCCUCGACAAGGCCCUGCCUCCCCACGCCCUCGUGCAGAACCCGCUCGUCCGGUCCCACCGGGCCCGUGCAGACACUUAUUUUGGACCCGGCACUGUGGACACGAUUAAAAUCCAUUUGAAUGAAGCGGAGACCAAGGGUGAGGUUGAUGCUGUUUUUGUCAACACAAACUUGUCUGGGAUUCAGUUGAGGAAUUUGGAGAGGCGCUGGGGUAAACCAGUACUGGACCGCGUGGGUCUUAUCAUAGAGAUCUUCAAUGCUCAUGCAUUCACAAAGGAGGCAAAGCUACAGGCUGAACUAGCAGCCUUAAUGUACAAGAAAACUAGGCUUGUUCGUGUUCGGGGGCCUGAUGGAAGAUACGCAUUUGGAGUAGGAGGUGAGGCUGAAGUUGUUAGUGCACGAGGGAGAGGAAGUGGAGGACAUGGUUUUCUUAGUGGUGCUGGAGAAAGUGAACUUCAUCUCCAAAGGAGGAGGAUUUUAGAACGCCGGCGUGUUUUGGAAUCACAAAUUGAAGAGGUCCGGCGCACAAGAGCUUCACAAAGGGCUGGUCGGAAGAGGCAUAAAGACUCACAUGAGUGCAGUUUAGCAACUGUUGCUGUUGUUGGCUACACAAAUGCUGGAAAAUCAACUUUAGUUGGAGCACUUUCAGAUACUGAUCUCUAUAGUGAUGAUAGAUUAUUUGCAACUCUGGAUCCUCGACUAAGAAGUGUUAUUCUUCCUUCUGGGAGGAAAGUGCUUCUUAGUGAUACGGUGGGGUUUAUAUCAGAUCUGCCCGUGCAGUUGGUGAAAGCUUUUCAAGCAACUCUUGAAGAAGUAAUUGAAGCAGACCUUCUUGUGCAUGUACUAGAUUCCAGUGCCCCAAAUUUGGAUGAGCAUCGUUCUUCAGUAUUGCAAGUUCUCGAACAAAUAGGUGUAUCUGAGGAGAAACUUCAGAAUAUGAUUGAAGUUUGGAAUAAGAUUGAUCUUCAAGAAGAUGAUGGAAGUCAUUUUGAUGCUAAUGAUGGCGAAGGAGCGACAUGUACAGAUGUAAUAGAUGAGGAUGUCAUCUCUGAUGGUGGGGAUGAUUGCGGUGAAGGUGAAGAAUCUAUCGAUAGGCUCUCUGAAGGAGAGCUUGAAGAAAUUAUUGAGAGUGAAGAAGACCAGUAUUCUGAUACCUGGCUAUCACAGGAAGAUGGUAUAAAAUGGGGUUCAUCGAUCUGCGGGGACACUUCAAAUAAUGAACCAAAUGCUUCCUUGGGAGAAUGGAGGACAAAGAAUGUUUCCGAUUCCGCUCAAGCUGGUCCACAUGUCAAAACAUCCGCUAUGACUGGAGUUGGCUGGCAGGAGUUGCUAGAGCUGAUCGAUGAGAAGCUGGAAUUACAGAAUGACCGGUCGAAGAGGGAGAAUGUGGUCGAGAGGAGUAUCUUUUACUCGAAGUGGAGGCCGCCUCGCGCGGAGGAAGAUGCUAACGUGGCAGUUGAGCAAUAGUGCGUCUCAAUCGACCGACUUGCUUGUAUCAAGUACAUUUUGGGGCGGUGAAGAGGCACAGGGUCGGCGUUCGACGAUUCUUCUUCAGCAAUCCUCUUGCCAACUGAAGUUCGAGGGAGCUGUACUGAUUGAAUAUGCGGUUUCCGAAGAACCCAAAGUUACUGCAUGCUCAGCUGUCCCAUGUCCCAACAGAUUAUGCUUUUGCCCUGUGAAUAUAUUGGUAAAAAGCAUCUGGGCAUUUUCCCAUCGAGCAGCAAUGAUCUUCUCUUCCCUUUCCAGGAGAAUCAACAUGUAACUCACAUAGAUAGAUUUACUUGGCAAUAUGUUAAUUCCAUAGUUGAUGAUACUUGAUCUAAAUUUAUGCAAUAAAGCAAAGUUCUUGUGAUA